AUGGGCAGCCAUGGUACCAACAGCGAUGAGCCUUCGCUAGAGGGUCCGCCCGCAGGCCCCUCGGAUUCAGGUCGUGGUCGACGCAGCUCGGUCAAUCCGCUCGGCAGCUUGUCACUGCGAAUGCCUAGGUCGAGCAGCGUCAAGCAGCUGGUGCAGCGAUGGGAGAUCACGACUUCGCCCACGUCGUCGCCCGUAAAGGAACGCGCCACCGGCAGCGGCGGGCCUUUGUCGGGACCCGCCGAGCAUCAAUCGGGUCGAACCGCAAGGAGGCAAAGCCUGGCAACACCACAUCUGCCCACAAGCCGGCAUGACUCCGGAGCGAUGAGGAAGAGACCGGCUAGAAAGAACACGGCGCCGGCGACAGCGCCCGGCCCGUCGAAGCAGCCUUCACGUCAACCCAGCGGCGAGGCUCGAGAAGACACAGGCUUGAAGGCGGAUCCGACCCAUGCUAUCGUCCACGGCACUGUGGGCAAGAUGGACUGGACGCCGAAUUACGGCCUGCGCAAGCACGCCGACCUGUCCCCAGAGGCUCGCUCAUCGGAUCGCGCCGAGAGGAUACUGCCGAAGACUUCGGCGUCGGCCCGCACCGAAGGGUCGAGAAAGUCGCCCUCGGACAGCAAAGUAUCACCUCCUGAUAGCAGAACUGCCAAGCCGGCAACGCAGAAGGCCUCGCCGCGACCAGACUCAAAGAGCGGCAGCAGUCCGCCAUCGAUACCACUCAAGUCGGUCCAUCCCGCCACGUCUCUUCCCUCGUCGACCGCGACGUCCGCCGCGACCACACCAACUCAAGCAUCUGUACCGGUCCAACGCCCUGCUGCUAGUCCAGCGCCCGCCCAAGACGAGGCACCGUUCAUAACAAGCCCCAGCAGAACGGCGGCAGCACGGCCGUCGGUGCUGAAACCAAUCGCCAACACGGCUGAACCGAGCCGUCUGUCGGGGCCGACAGCGCUGUCGCCGCCCAACACUGUGGCCGAGACGAAGCCGAGGGAAGCAGGCACAAGAGAUGCAUGCGAUCAACCCCCAACGCCAUCGGCUUUGCCUGCUUCGAAAACGCCGCAGGACGCGGAUCUGUCUGGCGCUACGCUGAGACCUCGCGAUGGGCUCGUCCGCACCUCGGACGGCACGCACAUCUUUGACCUCGAGGGCAAGAGCCCCAAGAAUGGCACCAGCUGGCUGCCCUCCGUCUUCCUGGACGAGCCCGGUCCGGGCAAGUCGGCUCGCGAUGCGGCUGAUCGCAGGCUAUCGGCCUCGGGCUCGAGCGGGUCGAAACUGGAGGUGAAACCAGACGGGAGGCCCUCGACCAGCGACGAGAGCUGUCGGACCCUCGCUCCUGCUGCCUCGGACAAGCGCAGCUCGAGUCAGUCGUGCGACGACUGCUGUUCAAAGGGCUCGUCGACGCUCCUUGGCCCAUGCGAGAGCUGCUACUCGUCGUCGUCGUCGUCGUCUUCGUCGUCGUCCUCUCCCUCGGAAACUGAGCCCGGAUAUCGCCCCGCCCCGACACCCCGACGUAGCGUCGACCUCGACGAUAUCCUGCCGGUGCCUGCGGACAUGGUCUUCGCCUCGUCCGCUCCUCCACUGCACCUGCCCGCCCUGGAUGAAUACCUGGCCAAUCCGAUUCUGUUCAGCAAGCCGGACUUCUGCGACGCUGUUGCAAUAUGCACGCGCAAGGAAAGGGAUCUGUUUGGAUUAGAGGGGGUCGAUCAGGUGUUUGAUGCCGCAGACAACGAUGGCGGCAGCCUGGGUAGCAGGCUCGGCAUCAGGGCCUCUCCAGGCGGAAGCAAGCGGCGGAUGCCGGUCCUGGAGGUCGCUGGCGGACAGAUGAACCUGCCGCAGGGAGCUUUUGCCUCAGCCACCAAGACGCACGAAGCCUCCCAGCGUCAGCGAUCCGGCGGCCUCAGGCAAAGGCGGGCAGGGAAAUACGCGAAAGUGGACGAUCAAGACGAAAACGAGCUCGAGGCCAUCACCGUCAUGGACAAGGUGGCUGGCGAGCGCGGCCGCAGCGAUGGGUCAGAGUCGGACGACGAUGGCAAGACGAUCUUCGCGUCGGACCAAGGACACGGGCACCGCGACCAGGAGCAGAAGACGUCGCCGACUGACGAGGUCCGCGCCGUCGACUAUCCGCAGCGCCCAAAGAUGCCUCCGCAGGCCGACAGCGACCUUUCGCUUCCGGUUCCCUCUGGCGUGCCCAGCCGGCUGUCGACGGCGUCGCAUCCCGUCACACGCCUCGAGAUGUUCCCGCCCCUGAUGCUGCUCAAGGACAACUCGUUGGAUGAGCUCAAGUCCAACGCCAUCGGGCCGAGGAAGCCGCCCGGCGGCAUCUGGGACAUCCAGAUCCUGGGCACCAUCUUCGACUUCAUCAUCGGCGCCGAGGGCAGCAACUUUGCCGCCGGCCUCUUCCGCCUCGAGCUGCUGCGCGACUUUGCGCAGAUGAUGGCGGCUAUGCUGCACUUUGAGAGCACCACCCAGCCGCUCGGAGCGGUUGACCAGGUCCGCAAGUUUCUCCUCCAGACGCUGCCCUCGCUGCUUGCGCUCGACUUUGUGUCGCUGUUUGGCUACGCCGUCAUCUUCUUCCUGGCGUGGAUGUGCGUCACGGCCCUGGCUCUGUUCAAGUUCUGGCGCAUGACGCGAGCCUACGAUCCGAACCGCAACGUCGAGGGCUUCGAGUCGCAGGGCUGGAUCUACAAGACGUCGUCGCGCGGCAGCAAGCUUCUCAACACCACCAUCGUCUUCCUGCUCUCGACGCUCUACCUGCCGCUCAGCAAGCUGGCCGUCGAUGCCCUCGUCUGGUCUUCCGACUUCUGGCCGGUCCCUAAUCCGUACGUGGGCGGCAUCGACGAUCCGCUCCUCGACCCGCUCGGCGACGCCGACGUUUGGCGGCAACCCACCGACUUCUGCUACACGACCACGAUGCGCCUCGACGGCUUUAACUGGGCCUACGUCAUCGUGCCCAUGGCCGCGCUGACGUUCUGCCUCUACACGCUGUGGUACCCGUACAAGAUGAUGAGGACGAUCCGCGACAUGCUGCCGGAUGUCAGCCCGUACAACGAGCUGGGCAAGAAGCGGACCGAAGAGGAGAUGGAGAUCGAGUACGCUCGGCUGCUUAAUCGCGACAAGUCGCCGCUCAACUUCCUCUACAACAGCUACCGCCGCAAGUGGGGCUUCUACAAGCCCAUGUACAUCCUCUUGUUCAAGUUCAGCAACCUCAUCAUCAUCGGCGUGCUGGCCAAGGACAAUUGCCUCUUCCGCUCGGUGCCGACCAAGACGAUGCUGGCCAUCCAGCAGAUCUCGCUCAUCGUCGUCAUGUCGUUCCUGCUGGGCCUUCACCUCUACAUCAAGCCGUUUGUCGAUCACAUCUCGAACCGCUCCGAGAUGGUCAGCCGCAUCGGCUACGUCUUCACCGCCAUUGUCGGCCUGCUGGUGGCGCUCAACGUGCAGGGCUCCACCGUGUACAACACCGCGGUCCUCUACUGCAUUCAGGCGUUCUCGUACACGGGCAACAUCUACUUUGCCACCAUCGGCACCUCGAUCGCCGCGCACCAGGUCAAGCGGUGGCAGAAGCGCGUCGACUUUAGCAUCGACAUCUUUUCGCCGCUGCUCGACCUGCAAAAGCACAUCCGCCGGCGCGUCUGGCAGGAGACGUUGUCGAUCCUCCUCCUCUCCGGACGUGGCCUGCACAUGCCUCUCGAGCAGGUCAUCGCAUUCUCCAUGUCCGAGAGCGAUGCGUGGCCUCCCUACCUGCUCGACUUCCGCGGCUCGGCGGCCGAGCGUCACAUCGAGAAUCUCAAGAUCGUCAAGCAGAUCGGCAUCGAAGAGUACCGCAGGCACGUCGAUUACAGCCGCACCGCCCACGGCGCCCGCCUCCGCGAGCUCGUCAAGAUCAUUCAGCGGACCUAUGCCGGCCCAGACGCCUACUUCCGCCCGAUGCACCCGCCGUUCCCCAGCGGCGUUUCGUCCUUCUUCGGCAAGGCGUUUGUCGUCCCCUUUCCGCCAACCAUCGUCAUGCGCUACGACCAGGGUCAGGAACACACGCUGCAGAUCACGUCGCUGCAGGACUUUGAAGCGUUUGUCCGGCAGAAUGCCUCGGACGACAUCUGCUCGCGACGACUGGUCCGACAGGCUCUGAGGGCCCUCGAGGGCCAGCGUGUCCUCUGCCCUCAUGUCGACAACCAGCCGUACGGGAGGGACAAGCACGGCCCAGCUUGGGCGAACAAGCUCUGUGCCAAGGUCGGUGUGGGCCGCGCGGGACGCUAUGCGCGCGCCCCGGCACAUGUCCACGAUUACACGAUGGUGACGCCCGUCUCGUACAUCGAGGGUACCCUGCAGAUCGAGCGGCGCCAAGAGCACGAGUGGAACGGCUACAACUUUUCGUCGGGCUUCUACGUCAAGAUCAUCUAUGACCAGGGCGGGAGGAGGCAGGAGUCGAGCGGCGCCGUGACGACGGUGCGGGAGGCGUUGGAGGUGAGCGGCUCGAGGGCGUUUGGGCUGCCCGACGACUUUGACAUGACGCCGAGCCUGGCGCGCUUCCUCAAGGACAACGAGGGCAUUGUCCGGGAGCGGGUGCCGUACGUCGAAGAGAUCCUGCAACGCUACCGCCGCGACUUUGAGCGCGAGGCGCGCCGCAAGGAGCGCGAGAUGCCCUACUCGUUCGAGACCGACGUCUUUGACAACCAUCAGCUCUCGCACGACGAACUGCGCUGGACGCUGCGCAGCACGGUCAGGAGCCGUGCGUUGGCGCACCUGCCCGACGACUACCGCGGCAGCAUCACCCUGCUCUACGAGCGCCUUGCCGCCAUCAACCGCUCUCCCGUCCACCGGUACUGGUGGCUCCUCUUCGACGAGCUGUGGAGGAUGAACAGCGAGGACUACAAGCUGCUUCGCACGCAUCGCCGCUCCUUUUCGCCGCAAUUCGCCACCAGCAUCGCCUAUACGCCCAUGCCUCGCGCCCAACUGGAGCGCUAUCUGCGCAAACGUGGGCUGUGGAAGCAGGAUGGCCGCGCGGGCGGACCGUUCAACCGCGGACUGCUCAACCGCAUCUACUUCUACCUCCACGAGAUCGUAUUCGCCGGCCAUCACAGCGGGCGGACGCCUCCGCAGUCCAGGGUUGUCGAGGAAGGACGACCAAAGCACGGUCGUCCAACAUCGGGAGGCCGUGGUCAGAUCCCGAUCGGCUUCGGCACCACCCCGCAGAACGCAACUAGGCGAGACUUUCCGUCGUUCGCCGGGGAAGAGCCUGCACACGCCGUCCCGGCACCGCCGUCUGCGCCCUGGCAGCGGGUCGAGGACGAUGAUGGAUCGCCGCACAGCUCGCGGCUGACGGGCGGUGGCACGGCCUACUCGAUGUCGAGCAUCCGCGAUCGAAGCGCGUACGUGUGGGAGCAGAGGAUGAGUGGCCGACCGCUCUCGACGCGCAUGCAGCGGCUGAAGAUCAAGAUGCUCCAGUGGCUCAACCUGUCGCCCUACCUGCUCGACUUUGACAGGGAGAGGCUCUUCCUCUACGUCGAGCUUGUCGGCGACAAACGCGAGCAGCGCUACGUCCUCUUGCCCGAUCGAGCCGCCGCGGGCCGGCGCUGA